CUUGAAGAAACCGUGAGGGGAAAUUAAAAGAAAUACAGUUAGUAAAAAAAAAAAUAUGUAUUAAUCAUAAACAUAUCAUCAAUUCGAUUUCCUAAGGGAAUGCAAAACGUACCCCCAGUGAAUAUGUGUGUAGGUAAUGCUCUCUGAGCCCUGUGGGACGCCAUGUCUGAAGAGGCGAUCUCAGGAAGCGACCUGGACCCCAGUGUUAACAGCGAAGACGAGGAUCUGGAAGAGGAAGACGAGGAGAUUGAGGAUGAAGAUGAGGGUGACAAUGAUGGGGAUGAUGAAGAUGAUGCAGUUGAGCGGCCAGAGAGCGGCCAGGGCAGUACAGAGAUGGAGACCCAGGGAGGGAGGGACUACCCCUCAGCUACCUCACCUUCGGAAGAGACUCCCUCUGAUCCCCCGUCUCAGCCAACCUCCCAGCCCCCCUCCAGGCCUUCCUCCCGGCCCAACUCUAGGCCUGAGUCUCGCUCCCAGCCCCCGUCUGGCCCCAGUUCCCAGCCUCCUUCCUGCCCUGAGAGCCCCAGCCAGGACAAGCCCUCUGUGAGCAAAAAGAAGAAACCGAGGGCCUCAAAAUCCCAGGCCCCUUUGUCCCAUCCUGAGACCCCCAGCAAGGACAAGUCCUCAGUUGGAAAAAAUAAGAAACAGAGGACCUCUAAGUCUAAGGAGCCUGCUAAACCCUCUAAGACAGCACACAUGAGGAAGAACAUCAGGAAGCUGCUGAAGGAGCACCAGAUGGAGGCAGUGACCAAAGCAGCCCAGCAGGAGGAGUUAGAGAGGCUGAGGCGUCUGGAGCAGCAGAGGAAGGACUUCACGGCACCACCCGUCCAAGAGUUUCCUCCACCAGUGGAAGCGGUGUCAGGGAGGCCUGGAGACGAGGCGUUUCAGGGCCAGGGGUUGUUAGAGGCUGCUUUCCUAGCCAGGCAGGACGUAAUCUGUCUGGACAGCAGCGACAGCAGUGGAGAGGAGGAGGAGGAGGAGGAGGAGGACGCCAAGCCACCAGCUAUCCCCACUAUCCCGCCCACUAUCAGAGACGACGUGAUCGAGCUGAGCUCGGGGGACGACGACACACUGCCGAUCAGCAGCGACUCGGCCAAUGAUGAUGAAAGUGCGGGGGCCACGGAGGAGAGCAGCGGGGCGCACAUCAACGACUCACUCAACCAACCAGACGCCCAGGGGAGGGUCCUGGUCAACAUCAACCACCCAGCGGAGGAGGAAGACCUUUACCUCGCCCCGCAGCUGGCCCGCGCAGUCAAACCUCACCAGGUUGGUGGGAUCCGGUUCCUCUAUGACAACCUGGUGGAGUCUCUGGAGCGCUACAAGGGCAGCAGCGGGUUUGGCUGUAUCCUGGCCCACAGCAUGGGCCUGGGUAAGACCCUGCAGGUCAUCUCCUUCAUAGACAUCCUGCUCCGACACACCGGGGCCCACACUGUACUGGCCAUCGUCCCUGUGAACACCCUCCAGAACUGGUUGGCAGAGUUUAACCUGUGGCUCCCGUCCCAAGAGGCCCUGCCCCCAGAUAGUGACCCUGCCACGGUCACAGGACGCACCUUCAGAGUCCACAUCCUCAACGACGAGCACAAAACCACGGUGGCCCGGGCUAAGGUAGUGGAGGACUGGUCACGUGACGGGGGUGUGCUCCUGAUGGGGUAUGAGAUGUACCGCCUGCUGUCCCUGAAGAAGAGCUUUGUGACUGGCAGGAAGAGGAAGUCCAAGAAGCCCCAGGGACCUGUCAUCAUCGACCUGGACGAAGAGGACAGGCAGCAGGAGCUCAUGAAAGGUAUCGAGAAGGCCCUGGCCAGGCCCGGUCCAGACGUGGUGAUCUGUGACGAGGGCCACCGCAUCAAAAACUACCACGCCAGCACCUCGCAGGCCCUGAAGAACAUCCGCUCCAGGCGACGCGUGGUCCUAACGGGCUACCCCCUGCAGAACAACCUGAUAGAGUACUGGUGCAUGGUGGACUUUGUCAGGCCGGACUUCCUGGGCACCAGGCAGGAGUUCAGUAACAUGUUCGAGAGGCCCAUUCUGAACGGGCAGUGUGUGGACAGCACGCCGCAGGACGCCAGGUUGAUGAGAUACAGAAGCCACGUGCUGCAUAGCCUGCUGGAGGGUUUCGUCCAGAGGCGAGGCCACGACGUGCUGCGGGACCAGCUCCCCUCCAAGGACGAGCAUGUGAUCAUGGUGCGCCUGUCGCCCCUGCAGAGGGCCCUUUACACUGAGUUUAUGAACCGCUUCAGAGAGGCAGGCAACAGCGGCUGGCUGGGCCUCAACCCACUCAAGGCUUUCUGCGUCUGCUGCAAGAUCUGGAACCACCCUGACGUGCUCUAUGAGACCCUUCAGAAGGAGAACCUGGCCAACGAGCAGGAUUUGGACCUGGAUGACAUCACGGCGGCCACCAACCCCCGCUGCCCUGCCCCUGGCGCCGGCCUGAAGGCCAACAGCCGGUCCAACGUCACCCUACCCUCACUCAACCCCAUCCAGGAGAGAGCCAAUCAGGUCAUCACCUACGAAUGGGCCAAGGACAUCAUGAGCAGCUACCAGACUGGUGUUCUGGAGAACUCAGCCAAGAUGCUGCUGCUCUUCCAUCUGAUCGAUGAGAGCGUGAUCAGAGGAGACAAGAUCCUGGUCUUCAGCCAGAGCUUGUCCACCCUGACCGUCAUUGAAGACUUCCUGACCAGACGGCUAAUGCCAGCAGGCCAUGUCUCCCCCGACAACCAUGGCCAGAACCAGACCUGGGUCCGCAACAUCAACUACUACAGGUUGGAUGGGAGUACGUCUGCUUCGGAGCGAGAGAGACUCAUCAACCAGUUCAACGACCCAGAGAACACCUCCACAUGGGUCUUCCUCUUGUCAACAAGGGCGGGCUGCUUGGGGGUGAACCUGAUCGGGGCCAACCGGGUGGUGGUGUUUGACGCGUCGUGGAACCCGUGUCACGACGCCCAGGCGGUGUGUCGGGUGUACCGCUACGGCCAGAAGAAGCCAUGCCACAUCUACCGCCUGGUCUGUGACUUCACCCUGGAGAAGAAGAUCUAUGACCGACAGGUCUCCAAGCAGGGCAUGUCUGACCGCGUGGUUGAUGAUCUGAACCCGGUUCUGACGUUCACCCGCAAGGAGGUGGAGUCUCUGCUGCACUUUGCGGAGGAGGAGCCUGACCCGGCCAAAGCCCCUCUGCAGCCCCACAAAGAGAUGGAGACGGUCAUCAGCCAGGCCUGUCAGCUCUACCCCCACCUCAUCACUAAGGAACCCUUCCACCAUGAGUCUCUGCUGGUGGACCGGAAAGAGUCCAAGCUCACUAAAGCGGAGAAGAGAGCCGCUAAGAAGAGCUAUGAGGAUGAGAAGCGUGCCUCCGUGCCCUACUCUCGCCCCUCCUACGCCCACUACUACCCAACCAGUGACCAGACCCUCACCAACAUCCCAGCCUUUAACCAGCGCAACUGGCGUCCCAUAGCUCGGGGUGAUGAGAAGCCCGUGGCCAGCGUCCGGCCCGUCCAGUCCACCCCCAUUCCCAUGAUGCCUCGCAUGGCGGGCAUGGGCGUGGCGGGCUCCAGCUCAGGGGUCAGCUUCCCCGUCAACUACCUGCAGAAGGCUGGCGUCUACGUCCAGAGGAUCGUCACUACUACUGAUAUAGUGAUCCCAGGAGCCAACAGCACCACUGAUGUCCAGGCCCGUAUCGGUGCAGGAGAGAGCAUCCACAUGAUCAAAGGGUCCAAAGGUACCUACAUCAAGACCAAUGAUGGGAGGAUUUUUGCCAUCCGCUCAGGGAAGCUCAGCAGAGCAGUGCAGGGAGGAACUUCUACCAACAGAGGUUCCCAGGUUUCCCUUCUUCGCGCCAUCGGUAACGGCUGUUCGUCUCCCGCGGAGCGCCAACGGCUGACCCCCGAUAGCGCCUUGUGGCCCUCCACCCCCGAGAGCCCUGAGAUCCUCCGAGAGCUCAGCCGCUACGCCGUCACCGCAGAUACCAUUGCCGUGGGCAAUGAGCUGCCGUCACCAUCGGACACGUUUACAGGGGACAGAGGGGGAGGGAGCAGAACACAGCAGCACAAUCAGACCACAGAAUCGGACCUCAGCCGGCAGUUCAGAGCGGACAUCGGAAUGAGCAUCAGCGAGGCUCUGCAACGCUCCAAACGCAAGAUGGCCGAGAGCCGUGGACACAAGCAGGCGGGGGGCAAACGCAGCUCAUCAGCAGCCGGGUUCCCGGGCCUCUCCCUGGGCAGCAGCGGCCUCAGCUUCCCCCCCCUGAACCAGGCCCUGGAGGGACACAUGAGCCACCCGCUGCUGAUGGGAGGCAGUUCCUCGUCCCCCUUCCUCCAGUCAGCAGGACAGACUCUGGGAGACCUGCAGGCCAUGUUCCCCUCGGCAGGGGCAGAUCUCCUCAGCCACGCCUCCUCAGCCACAGGAAGCAACGGACACCUCCCCUCCUCCUCCUUGUCCCCCACCUCUUUCUCCUCCUCCUCCACCAACACCAUGCCCGUGUCCUCUGCCUCCACCACCCUACCCCCCUACCUGAUGAAUCCCAGUGUGGCCGACCUGCUGUCCCCAGGCUUCCCUCUGAACUACAGUCAGUCCCUGCUGCCUGAUCCCAGGAUGUACCCCAACACCCUGGGAGGAGGCCCAGCCAGCUCUGGAGGAAGCUCCAGCUUCCUCUCCCACUUCCCCUCUUCCCCCUCCAGCCUCCUGGGUGCAGCUCUGAGCCGGCCUGACACCCAUCACAUGGCCACGGAGAACGGUGGCAGCAGCUCGGACGAUGAUGUCAUCGAGGUGACAGGACAAUGAGCCAGCAUUCAUUAACCCUGAGGUGGAUAAGUUGAAAAAACAGACCUAACCCUCUUAACCACCCUCCACACACACACAAACACGCACACAGACUCUCCUAUGAGCGAGUGAGUGAGAGGGAACGAGUCGUACCUCAAUGUACUUACCAAGAGAAAGUAACAAAAUCCUUAUGCUGAAUAUCUUACUGAAGAGACUGAAGAUUUGCCCGAGCCCCUGAGGUUGGUGAGGCUGAGCACCAGAGACCACAGAUGGGAAUGGAUGGACUUGUUGUUGUAGGGGACCAGUUGGAUACACAUGGGGCUUCCAAGCACUGCCUCUCCUGCUAUAUCUUCUAGCAUGGCCCAGCCAUGCAGUUAUUUUAUCCCCAUCAUGAUUACUGAGGCCAGUCAGGACACUAUCUGCUCGGAGCUCACAUCAGAUGGAACUAUGUGAUCGUCUGUUGGACCGUUAGCAUUCGAAAUGUAAAAAGGUGAUUUUAGAGUCGUUAGCUGUUUGAUAGACAUUGUAGUAAACCCUGUUGGAAAGGAAGAGAAGACAAUAUACACUCCCCUACAAAUUUAUUUGGACAGUGAAGCUAACAUUUUAAAUGUGGCUCUAUACUCCAGCAUUUUGGAUUUGAGAUCACAUUUUUCAUAUGAGGCAACAGUACAAAAUAUCACCUUUUAUUUGAGGGUAUUUUCAAACAGUGAAGGAAAAAAGUAUUUGAUCCCCUGCUGAUUUUGUACG